CCUGCCCCGCCGUGGAAUGGAGUCUGCAGAGAACCAGAUAGGUUCCCACCGUGCCCUGGAGAGCUGCCACUUCUCCAGCUCCACCCUGCCCAUGAGGCAAACAGCUGGUCGACUGGUCUUUUGUGUUGGUUCUUAGUUCUCACCUUUGUUUCCUACCAGAGCUGGACCCCGGCCUCAAACUCCAGCCAGCUUGGGCUGUGAUCUUCUGUCCUGGGCACCAGGGCUCCCCCUGCCCACCGCAGCAGAGAUGCUGCUUUAUGCCUGCAUCCUCCCUCAGCACACGUAGCCUUCAUCUUCGGUUCUGGCGCCCACCUGAUCUGCCUCCUCCCACACGCCACCUCUAGAUAGAGCCCUAGAAAGUGAUGUUGGCCUGGAACUGAGUCACAUUCAUCUAAACAUUUUCCUGUAGAAAAGACCAGACCCUCUCCUUGUUGAGAUAGGAAAUCUGUAGUGAGUUUAUGUGUUACCUGCACUCAUGAGAGAGAGGAGGGAAAGCCACAAACCUCCUCUCGACUUAACAGAAUUCAAAGUAUUUGUGUGUUGAGAUGUGUCAGUUACGACAUGCAUAUCAGCUCCACUUUCUACCUAGGCUCAACCCUGGCCUCAGACUCCAGCCUGGUUGAUCAAGAACUAAUACGAAGGCACCAAGAGGAUGGUGGCCCCCGGCCUCCUGGUGCAGAGCAUCAGUCCUGCGCUGGGAGUGUGGAGAGGUGCGUGAGAAGCAAGCCGUUCUUGAGGAAGUGGGGCCAACAGAGAGGUCAGCAGCCCCUUAGCCCUCACGCUUCCAAGGAACAGAACGAUGGAGAAGCCUGCAGGCAGAAAAAAGAAGACGCCCACCCCAAGGGAGGAGGCAGAUGUGCAGAAGAGCGCGCUCAGAGAGGAGAAGGUGUCCGGGGACAGAAAGCCACCUGAGAGGCCCACUGUGCCCAGGAAGCCCCGCACACAGCCCUGCCUGAGUCCUGAAGACAAAGAGCACAUCUUUGAUGCCUUCGACGCUUCAUUUAAAGAUGACUUUGAGGGGGUUCCCGUGGUCAUUGCUUUUCAGAGGAAGAAACCCUAUGAGUGCAGUGAGUGUGGGCGGAUCUUUAAGCACAAGACCCACAUUCGCCAUCAGCGGGUCCACACCGGAGAGAAGCCCUUCAAGUGUGCACAGUGCGGGAAGGCCUUCCGGCACAGCUCUGACGUCACCAAACACCAGAGGACUCACACGGGAGAGAAGUCCUUCCAAUGCGGAGAGUGCGGGAAAGCCUUUAACUGCGGCUCCAAUCUCCUGAAACAUCAGAAGACACACACCCGGGAGAAGCCCUACGAAUGCAUGGACUGUGGGAAAGCCUUUGCCUACAGCUCCUGUCUCAUCCGCCAUCGGAAACGCCACCCUCGGAAGAAGCCCUGAGCUGGGGCCGUCUGCGGACUCGGGCCCUGCAGUGCAAGCCUCGCCGGACACCUGUUCCAUGGCUCCCUCGUGUUCAGUGUCUGAUGGGGGCACAGGGCCGUGUGCACUGUUCCGUGCCCUGGGGACCCCCGGAAAAUCAGCCCAGUCAGAUAUGGGAACGUGCCAACGAGUGAGAGACCUUUCCACUGCAGAGAAUCUCUUUGAUCAAGACACUGCAGCAAUGUAGAAGCCACCAGAGGCUCCUUGCAGCCAUGGACCAUUUUCCCAGUUCCUUGAUGGCUCACAGGGCUCAGCACCAGAGACCAGGGUGUAUUCACUGCCAUCCAUUGGAUGUGUUUGGGUCAUCUCAGAGCACCCAGCGGGAGAGGCUCCUGGUGUGGUGGGCAGCCCAGCACUUCCCGCUGACACCUGCCUGUGACACCUGCUUAAGCCUUUCAUCUGCCGCUGAAGGUCCCAGUCUGGACUCUCUGCCCUCUGGGUCCCCGAGCUCUGCAGCGAGCCCUGGGACCACUCGUCCCUGCCCAGCCAGCUUCAGUGCCUGGGGCCGCUCGUCCUUGCCCGGCCUCUGUGCCCCAACUGUGCUUGGUCCUCUGGCUUCUCUCCUCCUGCUGGAGCGCCGGUCCCUGAGCUCAGACCCCCGUUCCCGGUACUGGGCCACACCACGCGCCCUCUUGGCCCAGCCUUCCUUCCAGAGAGGCGGCCUGACUUACCUGGACGGACCUGGGACAAAGGUUCUUCAGGACCUUGGACACCACCACCUGCUGAGCUUCCCGCCUCAGCCACGCAGUGGGGCCCCUGGGGUGCCCUCGGCAGCUUCAGUCCAGCCUGCAUCUGCCUCUCGGCCUUCCAACAUGGGCGGUGGGCCCCAGCCCCACAGACCAGCCCAGCAUUCAGGGCCAGUAGGAUGGACCCCCAGGUGUGGAAUGACAUCUCACCAAACGCCAGCCCCAGGUCAUGCCCACAGAGACACCUGCAGAAGCGCGGCUGGAAGGACCACCUCAGCCUCUCUAGCAGCAGGCAGGAGAACAUUAAAGCCACAACCCAGAAACUUCUCAGGAGCAUGGCGCACCCACACCAGCCCCGGGCUCCACCUGGACAGCACCUCCUGGGCCGCCCUGACCAGCAGGCACCAUCCUUCCAGCCUCUCUUGGCCACCCGGACGAGCGGGCACCACCCUCCCAGCCUCACGCGGCCACCCUGACCAGCAGGCACCACCCUUCCAGCCUUGCUCAGCCACCCUGACCCAGAGGGCAGCCUUGACCAGUGGGCACCGUCCUCCCAGCCCCACUCAGCUGCCCUGACCAGCGGGCACCAUCCUCCCAGCCUCACUCGGCCAGCCGAGCUCUGUGGGCCUCAGAGUGCAGAGAACCUCAAAUGUUGUGACUUUGCUCUGCUGCAGGGACCUGCCAUGGAGUGUCCCUUGUGCGAGCAUUUUGAGAGCUAUGCCGGCAUCCGUCCCCGCAGGCCCCAUCCCUGAGCUAUUUCUCAGGAGAGCAGGAAGGGAGCAGGGGGAGGGGCGCUCCCAGCCAGCCCCGGGACCAGAGGUCUUGGGGCGCAGCCGGCCAGCCCUCCUCGUCUGGGCCUCUGUUUCCUCUUUGACACAGGGAAGCAGGGAGGGGCCGAUCAGCGACUUAGGCCUGUUGGCUGUGGUGGGGUCCACCUGCGUUUCUGGGGAGCCCACGGACCCUGGGGUGUACCUGGGUUUCGUUCCCAGUGACCUCUCCUAUUGGUCCCCAUUUGGGCACUGAGAUGUGAUCGUUUCUUUCCUGUGAAUGAGCUGACAUAAAAACGUGCUAUGGAGGAAGAUGGGCCUUGGGGGCAGCGAGUGGCGCCUCUGCACCAGGAGAAAGGCGAUGUCCCCAGAGCUGAGGCGGUGGUGGGCAGGGCUCCUGUGGAGCCGGGGCAGGGCAGGGUGUCUCUGAGGUCAGUGAGGAACAGCUGAGGCCCAGGGACGCCGGGAGGAGGGGGUGAACUCCGGGAUGGGGCCAGCAGGGAGCCUCAUGCUUACAGAGCCUGGUGUCCGCACUCUCCUGGUUUCCUCCGCAGACCUAGCCACGUGGUCAGGGAGCCCGGGCCGAGCAGACGGCCCCCACCUUGACAGAAUCCUGAGGGGCGUGCGUGGCGGUGGGGGCUACGUCACAGCCUAGACCAGGCCUAACGCUGCUGUCCCGCAGUCACCCCUGCAGGCGGCUCAGGGCAGGGCUCCGGCCUGACGGGGGUUCCUGGACACGCCUCUGAGCCGGCAGCCCGUACCCGCACCCCUGCACCUUCCACGCCCAUCUCCGGCAGCCCCUACCCGCACCCCUGCACCUCCCACACCCGUCUCCGGCAGCCCCUGCCCGCACCUGCACCCCUGCACCUUCCACGGCCAUCUCUGGCAGCCCCUGCCCGCACCCACACCCCUGCACCUCCCAUGCGCAUCUCCGGCAGCCCCUGCCCGCACCCGCAUCCCUGCACCUCCCACCCCCGUCUCCGGCAGCCACUACCCGCACCCGCACCCCUGCACCUUCCACAGCCAUCUCUGGCAGCCCCUGCCCGCACCCACACCCCUGCACCUCCCACGCGCAUCUCCGGCAGCCCCUGCCCGCACCCGCAUCCCUGCACCUCCCACCCCCGUCUCCGGCAGCCACUACCCGCACCCGCACCCCUGCACCUUCCACGCCCAUCUUGCCCUGGGGCCCAGGUGCAGGUUUGUGAGGAGGGCAGCACCGUGCUCCCGUGGCCACCGCUCAACCAAGUGGAUUCAGCGAGGGUUUUCAGUGUUUGCGCCUGUGUCCCUGUGUGCUUGUUUCCUGGUGAGGCUGGACGCCUGGCAUGUCCGAACACUCACAUUUCCCAGGCACGCAUGUGCAGCUGCCGCCACCCAUGUACUGUGGCACUGACCCCUCCUGUAACAGCUGUGGUCUUGGCCUCUCGUGUUGGUGGCAGAUGUCCCAUUUCCCACUGUUACUUUCUGUUGUCCAAAAUUUAACUGUCCUGCCAGGCAAAGCUGCUGAGCAUUACUCUGAUAGACCAUCAGUCCUUGGUAAGUGUCCUGUGCAUCUGGGAUAAGCAUGCGUUUGUUUUCAGCUGCGCUUUCUGUGACUUGCUCUGCAUGUGUCCUCGGUCCACGUGGGCCGCUGCGCUGGUUCCCAGCCUGCCCGACACGCUCGCUGCGACGCCUCCUUUCCCUGUUGCUUGCUGGCUUCUGUGUUCUGUGCAGUAAACAUUGAUUUCUGA